UUAUCGAUCACUCGACAACGAACAAGAACCCUAGAAAUCGCCUCUCCUCCUAAAUUCCCAAAUAAAAAAUUUCUAUCGGACAGAAAAUCCCCAUUGUCCGCUGUAACUGUUCACCUCCGUUAGAAUUUGCGAGUCAUUUCAGCAUUUCUUCUGCUUUUGUUCUUAUGGUUUAGGUUCUUUUCCUGGGGUUUCGCAUUUUUUCAGCGGUUUUCACCCAUUCCAGGAAGCGCAGGCCUUUAGAUUCUCUCCGGUUCUGAGGCAAGUCUACUUACCAAUCGUAAGCUAAGAUGUCAUCUCCCUAUCCCAUUUUGGACAACCGACCAAUUGAUAAGUGGAAGGUCACGGAAUUGAAAGAAGAGCUGAAAAGACGCAGAUUGACAACGGGAGGCUUGAAGGUGGAUUUGAUUAAACGCCUGGAUGAAGCCCUUCGUAUUGAGAGAGAAGAUGCUGAAAGAGUUGCCCGUGCUGUCGAGGAAGUCAAUCAAGACGCUGAAAUGACUCCAAAAAUUGGUGAAGUUACACCAGUUGCAGCUGGAGAAGUAGCAUUUCCUACUGAGACAACUCCAUCCGCAGCUGAGACAACACCAGCUUUUGUUGAGACUGAUGCUCUUGAGACAACUCCCGUGCAAGCUAAAGUGAAGGAUAACUCGGUGAAAAAAACUGAUGAUCGGGAUGAGAAGGUUGAUGAUGUUAGAAAUGUAGGUGGCCUUGAUAAGUCUAUGGUUGAUGUGAAGCAACUGGAUGUCCAAGAAGGAUAUGUGAAGGAUGAAACUGCUGAAGUACAAUCAGGGAUAACAGCCGCUGACUCUGUAGUUGCUGAAGGUACAUCCACUGGUAUUCUCCACAAACCUUACGUGGAUUCAGAGGAUAGGGAAUUGAGUUCUGGGUUGGAUGAUGAGGACGCUAAGCUUCAGCCAGAGAAUGAGGGUGUAAAGGCCCAUCUGACAGAUGGCUUUCAUGACAAAUCUGCUCCAAACAACGAGGUAUAUGAGGUCAGCCCUGUUACAGGGCUUGAGGUAAAAUCUGAUUGCAUUUCUACUGAUUCUGUGUCAAAUAAUGAAAAAACUGAACUGAAGGAUAACGUAAUUGCUGAUGAUGUCAAAUUAGAACAUAAUGUUAAUAAGUCACAAGAGAUGGUGGAACCAUCAUCAGUUGGUGGCGAAUCGCAUCCCAUGGAUGUUGAGCAGCCACUUGAGCAGAAGACAUCUGUUGAAGAUAAAGAUGACAACCAUGCUGCAAAUGACAAUAUCGAUGCAGCCGAUUCAGAAAAGUUAAAUUUAGAUAGAAUUUCUGGUGAUGACUCUAUGGAGGAGGAGGCAGACACAAAGCAAACUGAGUCAAAUAAUUCUGAUGAAGUGAAUAAGAGUGAGAAAAGCGAAGUGCCUGCCGAUAACGUGGAAACCCCCAUUGAUGUUGUGGGGAAUGAUUCAGGUGUUGGGAAAGGUGAUCUCUCUGAAAGUAAGAAUCAGCCAGGGGCGGUUUCCGAGAAAAGAAAGCUUCCUGUUACCGAUAAAGAAGCUGGUGGAAAUAAUGAUGCUGUUAAGAGGCAACGCCGAUGGAACUCUGAGAAUAUAAAAGUUCCAGAAGUACAGAACCGUAACAGCACACCUAUUACGAUACCUAAGUCAAGUGGCCUGAAACGCAAUUUCUCUAGAUCUGACUCAACAGCUAGUGAGGACGGACCCAAGGAACGUGUAGUUCCUCCGCCUCAAAAGGAGCCUACAAAUUCCCUCAGGAUCGAUCGUUUCCUUCGUCCAUUUACACUGAAAGCUGUUCAAGAACUUCUGGGCGAAACUGGGAACGUUACCAGUUUCUGGAUGGACCAGAUUAAGACCCAUUGCUAUGUAUCAUACUCUUCGGUUGAAGAGGCAAUGGCGACGAGGAACGCAAUUUACAGCCUCCAAUGGCCGCCCAAUGGGGGACGUCUUCUGGUAGCCGAGUUUGUGGGCCCAGAAGAAGUGAAGGCUAAAGUGGAGGCACCUCAGACUGCAGCCACUCUCUCCCAGCCGGCACCACCACAGUCUCUUCCUCCUUCUCAGCCUUCUCCUAGGCCCCAAGGCUCCAAGGCACCAACUGCAGCCCUAGCUCAGCCACCUCUGCCCAGUCCAACUCCGGCCAGAGAGCGGCUUCAGCCUCCUCCUCCACCUCCUGCUCCUGUUGCAGAGCAACAAGAACCGCCUAUAGUCACUCUGGACGAUCUGUUCAGGAAGACAAAGGCAACACCCAGGAUUUACUACCUGCCCUUGUCCGAGGAUCAAGUUGCAGCCAAACUUGCAGCGCAGGAGCGGAUGACUCCUUGGAAUAAUUUCUGUCGGAUGUUGGCCUUUGCUCCCGAUUUGAUCGCCGUAACUUGUUUUGUCAUGUCAAACUUCAGUACAAUGUAGUAGCUGGAAGUCCGUACAUAUGUUACUUGCAAUGUAGAGUUAAAUCUUCUUUUGAACUUCACACGGUAAACAUUACAGCUAGUCGUCGGUAAAAAAAAAAACAUUUUUUUUACAGUGUUUGUCAUAGAUCACCAAAGUAACAGAGAGUUCAGCAUAUUACGGGGGGGACAAAGCUUGAACUGAUAUGAACAGUAACUACCCACUUUCUUCUUCACACAGAGACACUUACACAAGACAUGAAUCACGCAAACACACAAAGCCAACACCUUUCCUUGCCCGCACACAUUACGACGGAAGAGAGAGAGAAUAAUCAAAAGGGCCAAUUCCGUCGAUUCAAUCUUAACUUGUGGGGAAGAAAGGCUGAGAAUUGGAAGAAUUGUCGAGUGGAUAAACUUUGUUAAUGGUCGUCUUUCCGACGUCGGAGGAGGGGCGGUGGUGGCCGGAGUUUCUCUCCUUCUCCUCCUCCAUUCUCUUCAUCUUCUCCUUCUGCUUCUUCUGCAUCACUUGCAGGUGACCGUAGCUUGCUCCCAUCGACGACAUCUUUCUUUCUUUUUUGUUGUUGAUAAUUUAACUGUUAUGAGAC